AUGAGCUCCUUCAUGGGUGGCGGGCACCGGAGCAGCUCCGACAGGCUGCUCCAGAACUACAUGUACGUUCUCUCGGAAUCUCGACCUCGGUUAGUUGCUGACCUCCCCAACAGGGACUCGCAGAAGGGCCUGACUACGGCUCUCUUGACAUUGCUGUCCCACUCGCAUACUUCGACUUCUUCCCUUCUUGCCUACGUUACCUCGUCUCCCGGAGUUCUCCUUCCGAUCCGCCGAGCUGUACGACAUGCCGCUUUUGAGGGACCGCUCUCUCCCGGCGGCGGUGAGAGCGCCCACGGUGGUACCAGCUCUAUCGCGGGCGACGGCGAAAACCUGGGCUGGGCUGCCUAUGUGUCCAGCCUCGAGGAUUUCCGCAAGAACCUUAAGAAGAUCCACGAACUCGAGGAGGAAAUGAGCCGCGUGAAGCGUGACCGUCAGAUUCUCGUCUCUCGCCUCAUCAAGACUACCAAGUCUCGCCCCACCAAGCGUGACAUCAAGGACAUGUCCUCGUCUCUGUCGUCCAACUUCCGACAGAAUGACGGCGGCUCUGUUCUGUCUUCUACUGGCUCCGCAUACUCGUACUCUUCUGAUGUGUCGGGCCACAUCUCCAGCCGUGAGGCUAAGCGCGCUCAGAAGAUGCAGGAGGCCCAGGCUGAGCUCCUUGGCUGCGAGGAGCACCUCCGCAGCCUUGAGGUCCGCAUCGAGACGGAGCGCAACAAGGUCAUGUACUCUGGUCUCGAAGAACGCUUCCAUGCCAUGGAGGCCGUUGGUCAGAUGUGGAUCGGCCAGGCUCGCCGCGGUCUCCAGGACCUCGAGAAGCUUCCGGCCGACGCUGGUGAUGGCCAGAACUACGAGCUCGAGUCGAACGCGUCACUCGCUCCGUCGCAGUCCGCUUCCCAGAUGGGCUACGACGAACGCGACUUCUCGCCUGCUGCUCACAAGCAUUCCAGGUCUCUCACCGCGGGCCGCCGCCCGGUCGCCCGUGGCCCUGGUUCCAUCAACGAAAGCAUUGCCGAAGAGGAGGAGGGAGGCGGCAGCUCCGAAGAUGAGCAGCCUCCCACCAACCUUGUCAUGCACGAGAACACUCGCGUGACGGAGGCCAACUUGAGGGCCAAUAACGCCUCAAACUCGCCGUCCGUCUCUCGCAGGCACUCGCACACCGGUAGUAAGACUACUGGGCGCAAGGCUACCAGCGAGCUCGGCACCGGCGGCACCUACAAGCCCCCGGGAACCAGGUCGCUUCGCAGGACCCGGUCCAGCGACCAUGGUCUUAGCCGUGUUGACGAGCAGUCGGACACCUCAAGCAUCCGCGCCAACACCUCAGCCUACCACCGCGGCAAGGAGAGGGACAAGAAGAAGCAUGGGUUCUUCUCGUCCAUUGCCCGGUUCUUCAAGGGCCCUCACCAUGAAGACAAGGGCAACCGUUCCGGCCGCGAGUCUCCCUAUAGGAAGGGUGCUUGGCACACGCGCACGGAUGAUAACAUCAAGCGUGCAAAGUCGUCCAACCCUCGCACGCGCCGUGCUGAUUCGAGCUCGGACGAGGAAUCCCUGUCCAACUACGAUGUGGUUGCUAACCAGCCCAACGCCCCGUCGUGGACUGUUGCCGACGUUGGCCGCGUCUCUGUCAAUCACGGCACGCACCCGGGCCUUGUUCGUUCGCCUUCUACGAAGGCUAGGUCUCACGCCGGCUCCGCCACCCCUCGUGCCGCCAUGAGCGUCGUGUCCAAGACGCCCACUGUGAAGAGCAACAAGUCGAACCGCUCCAGUGGCAAGCCUAAGACUCGUCCCAACGGCAGCAUCGGUCGCACGUCCAAGCGUGUGUCGUCGCCUCCCGGCCGUGCGGACAACAGCAUGAUGUCUAUUGUCGAUGCGCCUGCGCCGACCAUGCCUGAUGUGCCCAAGGCCCCGAGCGUUGGCCCUCAAAUGGAGCUCGCGAAGGCUCCCGGCUCGUCUCUUGUCGGAGACAGGCAGCAGCCCAAUGUCCAACACACGGCGCGCCACUCCACUCACAGUGCCGUGCAGCAGGCGCCCGCGCUUACUCACAACACUACGCCGAAGAAGAAGCGUGACUAUGACACCGACACCCUGCGCCCGCAGGACUCUAUCUCGCGCUCCAACAGCAUGAGGACGGACCGCUCCGGUCCUGGACGCCCGACCAAGUCGCCCAAGCGCCGCUCCUCGGACAGCUUCGACAAGGCUCCCGUCGCCGCCCUCCCCCCUUCGAAGCUGAAGCCGCCUCCUCUGAAGUCGGCUCUGCGCCCCACGUCGCCGUCGCCGGCCGAGCGUCAGCUCUCGCCUGACCCGAGGAUCACGACGCUGUACAGCGUUCACGCCCCCGGCCCCGUCCAUGUUGACGACAAGGACGUUGAACCCAAGAAGCCUGAGAUUGCCGGCUUCAUCACGGAUGACCCCAAGAAGCCUGAGAUUGCCGGCCUCAUCACCGAUGACCCCAACGACCAGAUUGCCGGUUUCCUCACUGACGGUCCUGACGUCAAGCCUGACAAUGACCGUCCUCGCACCAAGUCUCGUACUUCGUACACCACCGGCGCGACUGGCGACUCGGUCUACGAGUCUGCUGAGGACGACGGCUCUCGUCAAUACAACGACGCCAAUGUUGACGACGAUGCCACCGAGGUUGCCGGCUACCAGCCUUCGGGCUACUCGGACGGCAAUGACCUCGCCCGUCGCAAGAGCGUUCGCGUUCACGUGCCCGGCGAGGCGCCUGCACCUGCUCCCGCCCCUGCGUCCAACACUGGCGAUGGCUACCGCGAGACUAAGACGACGCACUACGUUACUCCCGUUGCCGCUGACUCUGCGCCGCGCGAGUCGAUGGACUCUGACGAGCUCGCGCCCCGAAAAGCACCCGCCGACUGGGGUACGCGCAUCGGCCGUAUGCGUGAGGACACGAGCUCGGAGGAGGACGAGCUCGACCCCGCGUACGCUAAGGCGCGCAAGCACCUGAUCAAGAAUGACGGUAACUUUGACAAGAUCAAGACCAAGUCAAAGUCCAAGUCCGGCAAGUCCAGUAGCAGCAUCAGGAGCAAGGGCAGCUCGCGCUCGAAGAGCUCCCGCAAGUAA